GAAGGUGUCUAGCAUGAAAUCAAAAGCGCAGUCCGCCCCCACCCGUGCGACCAAAGAGCAAGCAGACUCGAACGGAACACUCAAUGGAAUAAACGGGCGAGAGCCAAAAGUCAAAGUCGAAGAUAAAAUGGAUGAAGGUCAACUGACUCGUCUUGCGAAUGGUGUCACUGUGGAUGCUGGUAGUACGGCAUCCAACGCUCCUCCCACCAAGGCUGAAAAAGCCGCUAUCGUCGAACUACGAAAGGGCAUCAUACACAUCACCGCAGUCGAAAACGAUCGUCAACCCCGUUCAUUGGUCAUACUUACCGGUCUCAAAACGCUAUUCCAGAAACAACUACCAAAGAUGCCACGAGAAUACAUCGCACGACUGGUGUACGACAGUAACUCGAAAUCACUCGCCAUCAUAAAACGAGGAUAUAAAGUAGUGGGCGGUAUUUGCUACAGGCCCUUUCCUCACCGCGGGUUUGCAGAGAUCGUUUUCUUCGCUACUGCAUCUGUAGACCAAGUCAAGGGCUAUGGAGGCAUGCUCAUGGACCACUUCAAAACGCACAUCCACCACACUUAUCCCACCAUGAUGCACUUUUUAACCUACGCUGACAACUACGCCGUCGGAUACUUCAAAAAGCAAGGUUUCUCCAAGGACAUCACUCUCGAUCGUUCAGUAUGGGCCGGGUACAUCAAGGAUUACGAAGGAGGGACGAUCAUGCAGUGCACGAUGCUCCGCAAGGUCAACUACCUCGAAAAGGCAGACCUCAUCGCGCAACAACGCGAAGCGAUACUCACCAAGAUCCGCGAAAUGUCGAAAUCUCAUAUCGUCUACCCCGGUUUACCCCAGUUCCAACAUGACGCUUCGGGUGACAUGGCGAUUGAUCCGAAGGACGUUCCGGGACUUCGGGAAAGUGGGUGGACGCCAACGAUGGAUGCCAACACCCGAACUAUCCCUCGCAAUGCAGAACAUAACUUUAUGCAGAGGCUUAUGACGGACUUACAAGGCCAUCCUCUCUCAUGGGCCUUUCUUCAACCUGUCAAUGGAGAAGAGGUCGUGGACUAUUACGAUGUCAUCACCAAACCCAUGGAUUUCAGCACAAUGGAGCACAAGCUAGAGACAAACCAGUACUCAACCAUGGACGCAUUCGUGAAAGAUGCCAUCCUCGUAUUCGACAACUGCCGGCUCUACAACCCAGAGUCCUCCAUCUACGCAAAGAACGCGACGAAAAUGGAAAAGUUCAUGAAGGAGCAGCUGAGCGAUUAUAAAGAGAGGGAGUCAUGACAUGGGUCUCGGGUCUUUUUUGGUUUUCUUGGUUUUCUUGUUUGUAUUCUAUCAUCAUAUUCUGUACUACUCACGCAUCGUUGUUUAUUCUUAAAACCUAUCUAAUUGUGUCUUUUGUU